AUGGAAGGAAUAGACGUCAAGGUCGAGAUAUGCCGGAAGGGCACGUCGAAACCGGUGACGAACGAGCCGAAGGCAGCAGCAAGACAACCGAAACCGCAGAAGUUGAAGCCACCGACAGAUAGGCCCGACGUCGGGGUGGUCAUGGUGAAACCGAAGAAAGAGCACGAUUACGCCGAAGCUCUCAAGAGCCUCAAGGCGAAUGUGCAAGUAGGAGGGGAUGGUGUAGAGCUAGAGAAGAUCUCGAUCACCAAGUCGGGAGAAACUCGAAUCCAGGUUAGGGAGACUCGUGAAGGAGGUCGAAAGAACUUCGCCGAGAAGCUGUCCCAGAAAGCAGAAGCCCUGCAGGCGGAAGUGAAAGCCGUGUCGGCCCAGGUCCCCAUAGCGAUCAGGGGCAUUGACGAUACCGUGGACAAAGAUGAGGUAGAAGAGGCCCUCGUGAAAGCAGGAGUCCCCAAGGAAGAAGUCGAGAACAAGGUGAACCUCGGAGAAGUACAGGCAGGACGCGCUGGAACUCGAACGGCGGUGAUGCGAGUCUCACCGUCUCGAGCCUUCAUGCUCUUGCAGCUCCAGGAGCUCCGAGUUGGGUGGUCGGGGUGCAGGUGUCGCAUCACGCAGUUCGAACAGCCCCAAUGCUGCUUCAAUUGCCAGAAAUUCGGGCACCUGGCCCACGAGUGCAAGGAGGGAAAGGCUGAAGGCAGGAGAUGCUACCGAUGCGGGAAGGAAGACCACAUCGCAAAGGACUGCGAAGCGUCCCCGAGCUGCUACGUGUGCGGGAAAAAUGGGCACCGAGCUGACUCCCGCUCGUGCCCAGCGCAGCGUGAGCAGGCGGCGAAAGCCCAAGGGGAAGGUUAUGGACGCCACGGAGGCUGCGAAGCCAAAGAAGCCGCGGAAGCGCCGAGGCAACAAAGGUGUCGAGACGCCCACCUCCUGCUCGACAACACGCUAGUGCUGUCGGAUUACGACAUCGCUCUUAUAAGCGAGCCGAACCGGGCAGCGGUUCAGCAAGCGAGCUGGGAGGUGGAUCUCGAGGGGGAUGCAGCGAUAUGGAUGUCAAGAAGACUGCAAGGAAUGGCUGUGUCGAGGGGAAGAGGAAGCGGAUACGUCUGGGUCGAUAUCGGGGUGGCUGUGGUCUACAGCUGCUAUGUGUCACCCAACACCACUGACGAGCAGUUCAUUGGUUUCGUAGAUAGCUUAGAAGAGAGCGCGAGGGCAUGGAGCCCACGGAGACUGCUAGUGGUCACCGGGGACUUCAACUCCGCAGCGGUGGAAUGGGGCAGCAGCACCACGAAUCGAAGAGGCGAGUUGAUACUGGAGAUGACCAGCCGACUGGACCUCCUGGUGGCGAACGACGGGAUAGUGCCAACAUUCCAGCGGAGGGAGCAGAGGUCCUACCUGGACCUCACGCUCUACUCUGGCAACGUGAACGGGGGCAUCGAAGGCUGGAGAGUGCUCGAGGAGGAAACGGGCAGCGAUCAUCGCUACCUCGAGUUCCAGAUCCGGGGAGAAAGGGAACCAUACUUGAAGAGGGUGAGCAAGGGACACCGACGGAAACGGCGGAGCAGAUAUACACUGAGGAGCGCAGCGCAGCCGGAUGAGAUACGCGAGGCACUGGAGAGCUACAAGGCGGCGAAGAAGAUGAUGCGCCGACUAAUCCAGCAGAGCCGAGAGCGAUGUUGGAAGGAGCUAUGUGAGGAAGUGGAACGAGACGCGUUCGGCAAGCCAUACAAGAUCGUGAUGAAGAAGAUUGGAGCAGCGACUCCGAGGCUUCACGCGAGCUUGGUCGACCGAAUCAUCGAGCGACUGUUCCCCGCGCGACCGGCGCAGCAAUGGAGAUUCGGGGAGGACGAGGACUUCAACUUCGACGAAGUGACGGCGGAGGAGGUCCUGACAGCGGCGGAGAAGAUCAGCAUCGGAAAGGCCCCGGGAGUCGAUGGCGUACCCCCGGAGGUGACCAAGAUGUUCAUGAAGUUGAGACCGGCGGACUUUGCAGCCAUGACCAACCAGCUGCUCAGGGAAGGGCGAUUCCCAAGUGAGUGGAAAGUUGCGAGACUUGUCCUGCUCCCUAAGCCAGGCAAGCCGAGGGACGACCCGUCGUCCUACCGGCCGCUGUGUCUCUUGGACACAGAAGGCAAGGCGGUGGAAACACUCCUGGCAGGGAGACUCACGACGGAACUCGAGCAAAGGAGCGCCAUCGCCGACACCCAGUUCGGGUUUCGAGCGGGAAGAUCGACGAUCGAUGCGAUCCAGGAAGUUGUUCGAGCGGCAGAGGAAGAGCGAAGCGCGGAGAAGACAUGGAGGACGAGGAAGCUCUGCCUGGUGAUCCUGGUCGAUGUGAGGAAUGCCUUCAACUCGAUGCCGUGGGAGGUGGUGAUGGAGGCGCUGAGGAGCGCCGAGAUCUCACCGUACCUUCGGCGGGUCAUCGGCAGCUACUUGGAAGACCGAUGGAUCGUGACAACAGAGGGGGCAAGACACAGGAUGACGGCCGGAGUGCCGCAGGGCUCCAUCCUAGGACCGACCCUGUGGAACGUGGCCUACGACGGAGUACUGCGGCUGGAUCUGCCGGAAGGCGCGAGCACCGUCGCCUAUGCGGAUGAUUUAGCAAUCAUCGUGAAGGCUCGGACGGAGGACGAGCUCGUGUCGAAGGCGAAUGGAGCGAUGGAAGCGGUAGCGAACUGGAUGGACUCGAAACAUCUGGCGCUCGCACCGGAGAAGACGGAGGCGAUCCUUCUCAUCGGCAGGCGGAGGUGUGGACCACUGGAGGGGCUCAACCUCAGGGGACACGCGGUGGAGCCGAGGAGGGAGGUCAAGUACCUGGGAGUGUGGCUGGACCGAGGGCUAACGUUCGCCCCACAUAUCCAGCACGCGUUGACGAAAGCGAAGAAGUCGGUGAAGGCGCUCAGCCGAAUCCUCCCCCGGACCCGGGGAGCGGGAGAGGGGAGGAGACGGCUACUGGCGACGGUGGCAACAUCCAUCGCCACAUACGGAGCGCCGGUCUGGGAGAAGGCUCUACGGAAGGAGAGAAACGUCAGGCGCCUCGCCAGCGUCCAAAGGCAGAUGGCGCUCCGGAUCUGCAGGGCCUAUCGAACCGCAGGAUUGAGCGCAGUGCUUGCGCUCUCCCGCCAGGUUCCGUGGCACCUUGUGGUCACCGAGAGAAAACUUCGGCACGAAGACCGGCGCGAGCCGGAUCCCGAGCGACGAAGGACGAAGAAGCAACGAUGGGAGGAGACGCUGAGCAAGUGGCAGGAAGAGUGGACGGAAGACACCGGAGAAAGCGAGUGGACGAAGAAGCUGGUGCCCGACCUGCGGGAGUGGCAGACCCGUAGGCACGGCCAGACUUCGUACCAUCUCACGCAGGCGCUAACGGGACACGGUUGCUUCCAGGAGUACCUGUACCGCUUCAGGAAGACCGACAGCCCCGAGUGCUUAUUAUGCUUAUCGGGAUCUGUGGAUGGAGUCCGCCAUACGCUGAUGGAGUGUGAAUUCUUCGACCGCGAGAGGGAAGAGUUCCGGGAUGCUCUCGACUGGGGCUUCAAACUCGAAGGGAUGGUGGAAAAGAUGCUCGAAGGCAGCGAAGAGUGGAACGCAGUGGACGACUAUGUUUCGAGAGUAAUCGGCACGAAGGAGGCUCUGGAGAGAGUCCGGAAGAGAGCGACCGAAGAGUCAGAGCGGGAAGAGAUGGCUCCGGCUCAGGGAGACGGAGUAGCGCCCGAGCCCGGAUGGCGCGAGGGGUCGACCGGGGGGAUGACAACCCCCGAUCGAGAUGAAGCGGGAGAUGUCACUCUGAAUACGCAGCGGAGCGCCAACAUGGAUAGGUAG